AUGAAGACCCCGGUGGAGCUGGCCGUCAGCGGGAUGCAGACCCUCCACGUUCAGCACCGCAGCCGGGGUGGCUACCGGGUCAAAGUUAGGCCAUCAUACGUGGAUGAGACUUUGUUUGGCAGCCCUGCAGGCAUACGGCCUGCACCACCAGACUUUGACCCACCAUGGAUGAAGAAGGCCAACAGAACCAGAGGAGUGGGGACAGGGGUGUCACAGGCCUUGGGGGCCAAUGGGAGUUGUGAGUCCACCUCUUCCAGUGGCAGCACCCCAACCCUCACACCAAGGAAGAAGAACAAAUACAGACUGAUCAGCCACACUCCUUCUUACUGCGAUGAGUCUCUCUUUGGCUCCCGACAGGAGGGCGCCGGCUGGGAGGCCAAGUGGAUGGCGAGGGGUGAUGCUGCAAAGCUCCACGCCCUCUUCUGGACACCCCCGGCUACCCCUAGGGGCAGCCAUUCUCCCCGCCCCAGGGAGACUCCACUGCGAGCCAUUCACCCAGCUGACCUCUCAAAGACAGAGCACAGGGUAGUGGCCAGCUCCCAGAGGCUGUCCGUGGAUGGGUUAGACACUCCACGCCCUCUGAGGCGGGAGCGUUCCCACUCCCUCACCCACCUUAAUGUCCCCAGCACAGGUCGCCCACCUGCCAGUAGCCCCUGCACCAAUGGGCCCCGAGAUCCCAGGCCUGCCCCAUCAGGGGUGACCUUCCGGAGUCCCCUAGUGACUCCCAGGGCUCGUUCAGUCAGCGUUUCAGUGCCAGCUACCCCCCGACAAGGUGGGGCUACCCAGAAAACAAAGCCCCCUUGGAAAUGA